CAAAUGGCGAGGGUAGCGUCGAGCGAGACACACUAUUUCUUCUCUCACUAAUUUCUACUCGCCCGACCGGAAUAUCGCCGCGAAAACGACUCGAAAACCUUGUUCAUAAAGCAGAGUUUUGUGUCUUUUUUCUGCCCAGCUUGCACACAUAUAAAGCUCUGAACUUUCCCAUUCUUUAGGGGUCAGGCAAUAGAUAUGAAAAUGUUCUUUUACCUCUUCAUUACUGAACCAGAGGCUUACCGGAUCACCAUUCUUAUGGGAAUCAAGUCUCUGGAGUGGUACUGCCGCAAGUGUCUCCCCGAAUUCGUGACCCAGACCCCCUAGCUUAGCCCCAGCUGCGAUCCAAGGACUUGCUUUGCACUUCUAAGAAGCCACACAAGUUUCACGUGUCAUAGCCCCAAGCAGUGUGUGUCUGCCCAGCAAGCAGAAGCGCUAGCGCAAUUUUUGAGAAGCGGCAUUUGAAGGUUCAGGACUGGAUAUCUUGGCCAUUGAUGAGCAGGCGUUGGGGUCAUGCUCCAUGAUGGAUAUCCCACUUGAUCUUAAGCUCUUCAUGAACAACACGGGCACAAAAGUCUAUAAGUGCGACCAGUGCAAUGCUUCGUACUCCGACAAGGCGUACUUUGAGUUGCACAAACAGACGCACCAAAAGGACGGUGGGAUGGCUACCGUGCAGAUAGUCAUGGCUGCCCCUCCGCAGGCGGGGACACCGCAGCCUGCGCCUGCACACCAGCAACAACAACAGCAGCAACAACAACAACAACAGCAACAACAACAACAACAACAACAACAGCAACAACAACAAACUCAGGCACAGCAACAACAGCAACCACAACAGCAGCAACAACAGGUUAUACACCAACAGGACCCCCAGUUGACAGCGUACAAAAGAGCGUAUGGGGGGGAGGUGCAUCAGAUAUAUGAGGUGGCACCAUCAACUCGCUACCAAAUUGUAACAACGACGCCACACACCAUAAAUGCAGGCACUCUUGCAGCAAAUCAAACUCAGGUCAACGUUCCAACUUACACUGCCCCCACCUAUGUCAUAACGGGAACAGCAGAACAGCCACAACGAACAGUGGCCACUGUCCAGCAUCAGCCACAGCAACAGCAGCAUCAACAACAGCAGCAACAGCAGCAGCAACAACACCACCAUCAACAGCAGCAGCAGCAGCAACAACAGCAACAACAACAACAACAACAACAACAACAACAACAACAGCAACAACAGCAGCAACAGCAGCAGCAUCAUCAACACCAUCAUCAACAUCAGCACCAACAGCAGCAGCAGCAGCAGCAUCACCAGCAGCAUCAUCAACAACAGACACAGCAGCAGGUACAGCAGCAGCAGCAGCAGGUGCAGCAGCAGCGGGUGUUGGUGUCUGCAGACCCCAAGGACAGACCCUAUAAGUGUGACCAAUGCACGGCGUCCUUCAUUGACCCAGGAGAGCUGGGUGAGCACAAGAAGAAACACAGUGGUGAUGGGCCCUUCACUUGCGAAGACUGCCACUUUACCUUUAUGUACAAGAGCCACUUCCGGAGCCACAAAACGCGCUGCCAGAAGAAGCGAGCCAUGAUGCCACACCCACCUAAGCCCAUUGUGAAUCCUGGCCCCAUAAAGCGCCAGUUCCCCACACAUCAGCAGCAGCAGCAGCCACAGCAACAGCACCAACAGCAGCAGCACCAGCAGCAGCAACAACCCCAGGCCAAUAACAGAGGCAAUGCCAAGAACAAUAGCCACAAUAACCGGCAGCAGAAUACCAACAACACUGUUCCAUUCAAUCCAAGCAACCCGACCUUCAAGCGGCAGAAGAAGGAGCAGCGGCAGGACCGCCCCUUUGAGUGCCAUGAGUGUGACGCAUCCUUCCAAACACAGCAGGACCUGCAUUCACACAAGGCAAAGCACACAGGUGAAGGCCCCUUCAAGUGCGAGGAGUGCCGCUUUGUGUUCCUUUACCGCAAACUCUAUGAGGCCCAUCGAAGACGCUGUGAAAAGAAGCGAAAGGAGCCUCAGCUAGCUGUGGCCACUGUGGCAGCAGUUACGCAGUCCCAGCAGGUUCAGGAGCAGCAGCAACAGCAGCAGCAAUCGCAGCAGCAUCUGCACCAGUCACAGCAACACAUUCAGAUCCAGGGCGGACGAACUGUGGGCACAGUGCCCACAUCUGUGUCCUCAGUGCAACUGGCAGGCCCCAUCUUCCAGCACCAGCCAGCUGUUAUAGAUAUGAGGGCUGUGCAGUCACAGCAGCAAGUGCAACAAGUGCAGCACAUACAGCACCCAGCUAUCAUUGAGCAGGUGAUCCAUGUGACACAGGUGCCCACCUCAAUGGGUGGUGGUCGCCAGGAGAUUAAGUAUGACCUUGUCCCUGCAACUGUGGACAUGGAGAAUGUGAACCAGAUCAUGAACCUAAUCAAGGUCAAAGGUCAGCCCCAGCAGUAAUACCCCCUUAACCCCUGCCACCUCAAUCCCCAUCCACCCCUUCUCUUCAUUCACUCCUUACUGCUGUUACAGAAAAGAGAAAAGUAAAAGUAAUAGAAAAUAGACCUCCAUUCAGUGCUUUGUGGUGAUGCGAAAUCUAGUUCUUGUGCUGAUGGUCUGGUUGAGACUAAAGCUGAGAAAAAGAAAAAAAAAAAGAUAGAAAAAGCAUAACUCAGGUGCCAUCUCUGAAGGUGAUGUGAGUGUGAGGUGAAGCCGCCAUAUGAACACCUAUGCAGUGCAAAUGCUCACUGUUAGAAACGUUCUGGGCAUUAUCUUACAUUGAGGUCAGUAACAUUUCAGUAGGGAUUAAUGUCAUUUAUCCUAAUUCUCUUCUGUUUUUUCCUUCAUAUUCAUUUUCCCUUCAUUUUUCUUUCUUUUAAUAUAAUGUAAAGUACAAUUUAACUUUUUUUUAAUGAAACAAAAAAAAUUAUAAAAGUGCCAAGAGUCUAUGACUUGAUAUUUGAUAUUUGAUUGAGUUGCAAGAACAGAUGUGCUGCCGUUGCAUUUCUCGAGCCGUUCCUUCUUGAAGCGCCGAGAGCUGUAUAUGCAAAUGAACUCCAUGCAAGGGUAGUUGCCUGCCUGCUGCCCAGCCAGCCAUUCAUUCAUUACCUGCGCCAUUCUUCACAGUGCUCAGUGUAUCAACUGGGUGAUUUUUAUGUAUCAUUACUAUUAUUAUUGAUAGUGUUUUUCUUUUUUUUUUUUUUUUUUCUUAUUCUUGUUCGUAAAAAGAAUUCCAUAUUUUACACUUGAUGGAAUGUAUCCUACUCCAUUUUUGGAUUUCUCUAGUGUCACCCUUGUGCAGGAGCUGGACUCUGGUUCUCUGACAGGUGAAUAUAAGAAUAAUGAUAAAAGGAGAAAAAAUAAAUAAAAAAAACACAAUCAACAACAAACUUUCACACCGGUACAACCUCUAUACACUCCAGUGUCUGUUCCUUUCUUUGGAAGAAAGAGGGGUGAAAACAGUGACAGCAUCUCAUUAAGCAUCUGGGGGCUAAAGAAGAAGACUCACCCAUCCUGAAAAUGUGUUUCCUCAAUGGCCUUGACCAUUGGGGAAAUAUUACAUUUGAGGACAAGAGGAAGGCACCAAGACGCACAUUUCAAAGUGGGGGAAAACGACUGGGAAAGGCAUAUAUGUGUAUGUAUUUGUCUUUUAGGAAUUGUGGAGAGUCCUUAUUUUUUUAACUGUUAGAUAUUGCCAUAGUGUAAGUGCUGUAUUCAGAUUUUUUUCUUCUUUUUUCUUUUUUUUCUUUUUAUUUUUGUGUGAGUUAUUUCUGUUCAUUGUUAAAACUGUAUCAUCAUUUGUAUGAUCAUUGUUGAGUAAGAUUUUUUUUUAUAUGCAUUUUUUGGUGGUCAUUGUUUGAGAUGAAGAAUGAUGGAGUGUAUAUUACAUUACACUGUUUAAAGUGUUUCCCAAGGAUCUUAUUUUGGCUCCAGGAAUCCUCCCACACCUAUCUGAGAAGUCUCUGAGAAGAGGGGAGCCAGAGUCAGGUUUGUCUCUCCAGGUAAUCUCACUUCUGAAAGCCCUUAUGAGAAAAUCAAAACACACACAGACCUACACUCAGUUUCACAACACAGUUUUCUCACCCUUGCAGAAGCAAAGACAUACACAAACUCUUCUGAAGUUUAAUGGGGGGAAGUUGGGUGGUUCAUUCAGAGACGACAAAGGAAGUGCCUAGUGAUAAUGUAUGGCAGAAGUUUACAAGGAGAAAAGGUAUUUGGUAGCUUAGGCAGGUCAUGGAUGUGGAUUUUAACUUUAAUGUUUUAUUCUAAAGAAAUUUUAUCAUAAAAAUAUAGAGAAGGUGGAA